AUGGGCAUGGACUUGAACACGGCUGAAUCUAAGCAUGAUGAGGCUGAAGUAUCGGAACGGGACAACGAGGUGGGCUACUUGAGAAGAGCCGACGAAAAAGGUGCCGAUGCUUAUCAGCAUUUUGAAAGCUUUCAUGAUAAAGACGGCGAUGCUUACGGUUAUGAAAAGCACGAGGCCUUCGGGAAAUCAAAUAAAGACGAAUCAUCGAAUGGCGAAAAAGAUAAAGACGAAGGCAGUCACUACAAUUAUGUACAGGAAUUGGGGGACAAGGCGAAAUAUCAGAAAUACCAAGGCCACAAUGACGACCCUGGAAAGGGAACUCACAGCAACUAUCAUUACAGUUAUAAUAGCGACGAUGAUGAUGACGAGGAGAAGAAACCGCAUUAUUCAUCGAACUACAGCGAAGAAACGAAAAAAGAUGAUAGUUCCGACGAAGACAAUGACGAAGGAGACGAUGAUAAUGACAGUACCGAUGAAGAAAAGACAACUAAUUUUAGCUAUAAAAUCGUUUCGGACGAUUAUGCAGAAGAUGAUGGUCAUGGAGAUGUAAAUUCCAAAGGAAGUGAUAACGGUAAGGGAUAUGGAUUCAACUUUGGCCAUGGUGACAAAAAUACAGAUGUCGACUAUAGCAUAAAGAGAAGUGAUUACACCGCUGGAGACGAUAGCAAUGACGAUGACAAUGAAGACGAAAGCGAAGAUGAAAGUAGCGAGGAUGAUAGUAGCGAAGAGGAAGACGACGACAAUGUAAUAGUAAAAGAUAAAACAAUUAAUGACGACGAGGGAAAAGGAAAAAAUGCUAAGUCUUACAGCACAUAUACCACCUACAGUUCUGAGGAAGGAGACGACGAAGAUGGUGAUGAUGAUAAAGAAGAAGAUAACAAAAAACCUGUUGGGAACAAAAAGAAGCCGUUCCAGAAACAUGUCAUUCGAUAUGAAAACACCCAUCCUAAACCCGAAGACACCAAACACUCGAACAAAAUCGUAGCGAACGACGACACAGAAGAAAGUAAUGAAGCCCACGAAGAUAAUAACGGCCACGUUAACGAAGAUGUAGAAUUACAUCAGCCUGUGAAACCACAACCACCAAGAGAGCAUCGCACACAGUACGUAGUCCAAAGUGUACAUCCGCAACCAACACCUCAAGUAUACAUUCAACCUUCAAAGCCCACUAUCAUUGUGCAAGAACAUCAUGCAGGUUACAAGGUCGAAGAAAGUGGUGGCGAUAAGGCAUCUGAUGAUUCUGGUAAGGGACAUGCGGGCAGCGUAUCUACGCAUCUAUACGAAAUUUAUGUUACUCACGACACAGGUAAAUCGAAUGGAGGUGGAGGUGGUGGUGGAGAUGAUGCCAAGGGGUCUGAAGAUGAUGGCGGUGACGACGGUAAGGGAAAAAGCGAAAAUUUAGUUAUCGAAAAGUCGCAGAAACUGAACGACAAGGCUGAUGCCAAUGACAACGGUGCUUAUAACGUUAACAUAAAUUACGGCAAGAAGAAGGGGCUGAAGAAGAAUGGAAAGAAAGGUUACCGAAAACGCAAAGGAAAUCUAAAGAAAAAGAAAAUCGUAAAACCACACAAAUAUGAAGUGGAAGAGUACAUCGAUAGCGAAGACGAAACGAAACAAUCAUCAGUCAGCACUAAAGAAACCUCACAACCACAGCAUAGAGAAGCGAUAGUAGCCGGAAAAGGUUCAUCUCCCCAGCACCAUCGGGAUAGCGAUGACUACUCAAAUGGACAGCAAUUUUUAUAUGCCAGCGAAGCAGACAGUGAUGCGUAUUACUGGUAGAAUCAGCAUAACCGAAAAAAUCAUCUAGCUGUAGCCCGAAUAUCAAGUGUUUGGGUGUGCCAAAUACCAAUUUGUAGUUAAGUUAAUUGUUGUAAUCGUACUGAUGAUUUAUUCUUGUAAAUUAUUGUAAGCAAUUAGUUGUUAGGACGUAAAAUUCCUGUUCGUUUAAUCGUAACACUCUACUCUCUGACUGGAGUAAACUUUUAUCUCAGCAACAAAGAACUCAGAGUCAAGAUAGCAUCAGUAAUUCGUAUACUCAAGAUGUUUUUAGCUUUAAGACUGCCGACAGUGAAUGCAUUAGUGUAACUAAUGCUUCAACGGAUUAGAAGAAAAAUAAUUUUGUUAAAUGCAACUGAAAUAGAAAAUUGAUGUCAUGUGAGGAGUUCAAAAUUAUUGUCACUAAUGUCAUUAAAGCCCAUUAAUCCAUUAA